AUGCUCGACUCACAGCAGGGGUUUUUCUCUGAUUUUGCCGGCCAGCAGCAAGAUGAUUAUAGGGAUAGCUAUGGUGGUGGCUUUCACCGCUACUCCCAGUCGGAUACGUUCUCCCCUACGGCGAAUAUGGCACCGCCGUUGAUCCCCGCUUCUGAACUCGCUCAUGGGCCGGCACUUGCUCACCUUCAACCGCUGGAGCCUCGUGACAUUCCAUUUGCCGUACAGGAUCCCCAUGACAAGAAUAUGCCAAUGUCGAACUUCGACAACAUUCCCGCCGUUCUGCGGCAUCGAGCGCGGAUACACGGAAAACAGCCUGCAUACUGGGUAUUGGAUCAAAAGGGCAAAGAAAUUGCUUCCAUCACAUGGGAGAAAUUAGCCAGUCGCGCAGAAAAGGUGGCACAAGUCAUUCGUGAUAAAAGCAACCUCUAUCGUGGUGAUCGCGUGGCGUUGAUUUACCGGGACUCUGAGGUUAUUGAAUUUGCCGUCGCACUAAUGGGCUGUUUCAUUGCCGGUGUGGUUGCUGUUCCCAUCAACAGUCUUGAGGACUACCAGAGUCUUAAUCUGGUCCUUACCUCAACCCAAGCACAUCUGGCAUUAACGACAGAGAACAACCUCAAGAGUUUCCAGAGAGACAUCACGGCUCAGAAGCUAAACUGGCCACGGGGAGUAGAGUGGUGGAAGACCAAUGAAUUUGGCAGCUAUCACCCAAAGAAGAAGGACGAUACACCACCCCUUGUGGUCCCAGAUCUGGCAUAUAUUGAAUUCGCCAGGGCGCCAACCGGCGACCUUCGCGGUGUCGUCAUGAGCCACCGGACAAUCAUGCAUCAAAUGGCUUGCCUCAGCGCAAUUGUUUCGACUGUACCUGUGUCCUCGAGUAUGGCUAGGCCGCGUGGUGAAACAAUCAUCAGCUACCUCGACCCUCGACAAGGCAUUGGUAUGAUUAUAGGGGUCUUGAUGACCGUAUAUGGUGGUCAUACGACUGUCUGGCUAGAGGACCGUGCAGUCGAGACGCCGGGUCUCUACGCCCACCUGAUCACGAAGUAUAGGGCAACCAUCAUGGCCGCAGACUAUCCGGGGCUGAAGAUCGCCGCUUAUAACUACCAGCAAGAUCCGAUGGCGACACGGCAUUACAAGAAAAACUCAGAGCCAAACUUCGGAACCGUGAAGCUCUGCCUUAUAGAUACUCUCACCGUUGACCCUGAGUUCCAUGAAAUUCUCGCAGAUCGGUGGUUAAGACCCAUGAGAAACCCGAGGGCCAGAGAAAUCGUUGCGCCAAUGCUGUGUCUUCCCGAGCACGGCGGCAUGGUAAUCAGUAUGCGAGACUGGCUCGGUGGCGAAGAGCGCAUGGGCUGUCCCUUGACGCAUGAGAUGGACCCAGCCGAGCGCGAAGAUAGCAAGAAAGAGGAGAAAAGGUCUGGAAAAGCCGAUAACAACAGCGGUUUUGGCAGUAGCUUACUGGGCGGAGGAGGUGCUCCUACGCCAGCCCCGCAAGAGCAAGGAAAGACUGAGCUUGGUGAGGUCCUUCUGGACAAAGAGGCCCUCAAGAGCAACGAGAUUGUGGUCUUGGCAAUGGGUGAAGAGGCUAGGAAGUUUGCCGGGACCAUGCCCAACGCCGUGCGUGUUGGCUCCUUCGGCUACCCAAUUCCUGAUGCCACACUGGCUGUCGUCGACCCUGAGACUAACCUGCUGUGCACCUCGAACGUGAUCGGCGAGAUUUGGGUAGACUCUCCCUCUCUGUCUGGCGGCUUUUGGGCGUUGCCGAAACACACAGAAGCCAUCUUCCAUGCACGUCCUUACAAAUUCGAAGAAGGGAAUCCGACCCCGAUCCUAGUAGAGCCGGAAUUCCUUCGUACAGGCCUCCUUGGCUGUGUCAUCGAGGGCAAAAUUUUCGUUCUAGGUCUCUAUGAGGACCGCUUGCGCCAGAAGGUCGAGUGGGUAGAACACGGGCAAGAAAUCGUCGAACAUCGUUAUUUCUUUGUCCAACACAUGAUCGUCAGUAUUUUGAAGAACAUUCCCAAGAUCCAUGAUUGUACAGCUUUCGAUGUCUUUGUCAACGAAGAACACCUUCCCAUUGUUGUGUUGGAGUCAUAUGCGGCAUCAACUGCACCAACGACGUCAGGCGGUCCUCCACGGCAGCUGGACUCUGUUCUUCUUGAGUCUCUUGCCGAGCGAUGCAUGGAAGUGCUCUAUCAGGAGCACCACUUGCGGGUUUAUUGCGUGCUACUCACGGCUCCUAACACCCUUCCUCGUGUUACGAAGAAUGGGAGACAGGAGAUUGGUAACAUGCUGUGCCGCAAGGAGUUUGAUUCUGGAACUCUGCCGUGCGUGCACGUCAAGUUCGGUGUUGAACGAUCCGUUCUCAACUUGCCAGUUGGGGUUGACCCAGUUGGUGGUAUAUGGUCUCCGCUGGCCUUGAUGUCAAGGCAAGAACUGCUUGCCUUGCAGGAUAAGCAAUAUUCAGGCGUUGACUACCGUGACGUAGUAAUGGAUGAUCGCACAUCCACGCCCCUUAACAACUUCAACACCAUUGUGGACCUCCUUCAAUGGCGUGUCUCUCGGCAAGCUGAAGAAUUGGCUUAUUGUUCCAUCGACGGUCGUGGAAAGGAAGGCAAGGGCAUCACUUGGAAGAAGUUUGACCUGAAAGUUGCUGCCGUAGCAAUGUAUCUGAAGAAUAAGGUGAAGGUCCGACCUGGAGACCACUUGGUUCUAAUGUACACUCAUUCGGAAGAAUAUGUUUACGCUGUACAUGCGUGCUUCUGUUUGGGUGUCGUUGCCAUCCCCCUCGCUCCCAUUGAUCAGAACCGUCUCUCCGAAGAUGCUCCGGCGUUCCUGCACGUUAUUAAUGAUUUUCAUGUCAAGGCCAUCAUUGUCAACAGUGAUGUUGAUCAUGUGCUAAGGCAGAAGCUCGUCUCGCAGCACAUCAAGCAGUCUGCGCAAGUACUCCGAAUAGGUGUUCCCGCUAUAUACAACACCACAAAACCUACUAAGCAGUCGCAUGGCUGCCGGGACCUUGGUUUUACGGUCAAGAGUACCUGGCUGAGUUCGAACCAGGCCGCUAUGGUGUGGACCUACUGGACACCGGAUCAGAGGAGAAUCUCUGUUCAUAUCGGUCACGAUACGAUUAUGGGCAUGUGCAAGGUGCAGAAAGAGACCUGCCAGAUGACUAGCUCAAGGCCGGUGCUUGGUAGCGUGCGGAGUACCUUGGGCCUGGGAUUCCUUCACACCUGCCUAAUGGGCAUUUAUGUUGAGUUAACACAGGCUCUAGGAGCGCCAACCUACCUUGUCUCACCUGUCGACUUUGCGCAGAACCCCAUGACGCUCUUCGUUACCCUUUCACGCUAUAAGAUCAAGGACACGUACGCUACUAGCCAAAUGCUGGACUAUGCAAUGAGUGCCAUGGCUGGCAAGGGCUUCCAGAUGCAAGAGCUGAAGAACUUGAUGAUAUCAGCCGAGGGCCGUCCGAGAGUCGAUAUCUACCAGAAAGUGCGCCUUCACUUUGCUUCUGCCAGCUUGGACCGUACUGCUAUCAAUAUCGUGUAUUCCCACGUCCUCAACCCCAUGGUUGUCACCAGAUCCUACAUGUGCAUCGAGCCUGUUGAGCUGUGGCUCGACAUUAGAGCUUUGCGCCGUGGACUGAUCUGCCCCGUGGAUCCAGACACUGAUCCCACUGCUCUUGUCAUCCAAGACUCGGGUAUGGUUCCGGUGAAUACGCAAAUCGCUAUCGUGAACCCCGAAACAUGUACGCUGUCCCACGUCGGUGAGUAUGGUGAGAUUUGGAUCCAGUCGGACGCUUGCGCCAAGUCGUUCUACGGUUUCAAACAGGAUUUCGAUAUGGAGCGUUUCAACGGUCGGGUUGUGGAUGGCGAUCCUAAUGUCGCCUACGUGCGUACUGGUGAUCUUGGCUUCCUUCACACGGUUACGAGACCCAUCGGCCCUGGUGGCCAGCCUGUCGAGAUGCAAGUGCUAUUUGUUCUUGGAGGAAUUGGUGAAACCUUCGAAGUUAAUGGUCUGAACCACUUCCCGAUGGACAUCGAAUACUCUGUGGAGCGAUGCCACCGCAAUAUCGUUUCUGGCGGAUGUGCUGUCUUCCAAGCUGGAGGCUUGAUCGUGGUCGUUGUCGAGGUUACAAGAAAGGCUUAUCUAGCGUCUCUGGUCCCCGUGAUUGUCGAUGCCAUCCUCAACGAGCACCAGGUUAUUGCUGAUAUCGUGGCAUUUGUUUCACACGGAGAUUUCCCUCGGUCCCGUCUCGGUGAGAAGCAACGUGGUAAGGUGUUGGCGUCAUGGGUUACUCGGAAGCUGCGGACCAUUGCUCAGUUUAGCAUCCGUGACGUGGAAGGCCCUGAGCACCCAUUUGCAGAAGCUCCUCAGCAUCGUGUUAGCCGCAGCUCGAAACCCGGAAGCACCAUGGGUAACAGCACUCGGCGAUCCACCGUCGUGCCCGAUGUUGAUCUCAUGCCUCGCUCCCCGGCUCCAGUUCUGGUCGAGCAUUCUGAAGCGACAAUGGGUUCCUAUCCCCCUAUCCCAGAGCCAAGCAUCCACAGCCCUACUGGCACCCUGCCCGAAGGGGGUGUGCCUUCCGUCCCGCACAUCGCAGAGCCAAUUCGGCCGACCAGCGCCUCAACGAACGGGGCUCCCGCUGUGCCACGGAAAGAACUUCCCACAACCAUCAGCAAUCCCGACUUUGGCUUCGACUUUGGUGACUUUGCCAACUCCGCUACAGCAGGAUCACUGACCGAGCCUGUUGGCCACGGUCCUAUGCCCGAAAGCCUCCCCUACCGAACUAAUGUCCCAGCCCACGAUGCGCCGCAGCGCGCCCCAAGCAAUGGGAGCUACCCUGUUCGAUCUGACUCUUACAACCGCACGCCUCUCGCAGACUCAAUGGAGGGUAGUACCGGCGACUGGCCCCAAGAAGCUCUCAUGUACCAGGCCAAUCUGGGAUACGAUGAUGCCCACGGCCCCCACCGCAACCAAGUUUAG